CAUAUAUUUGCAUAUAUAUAUAUAAUCCAUCAUAGUAGACUACUAAUUCAAUUCACAGCUCAACCGAGCUCUUCAAGAAUUGAAUCAUCUUCAAAGCUAAUCCUUACAGCUCUAUAUCUCUCUCUGUAUCUCUCUCAAUAUAUCAAGCAGUCAAGGUUUACAUGUGUCCUGGUUCAAAGAGUAAACUUUGCCCCUAUAAUUUGAUCAUGGAGGGUGAAAAACAAUACCAGAAAGAUGGGGUUUUCUGGGAAAGCUCUGUUCUGCUCGAAUUGUCAGCGGCAGAUGAUUUAGCCGGCUUCAGAUUUGCUGUGGAAGACGAGGGAUUUGGCGUUGAUGAGACAAGCUUGUGGUAUGGAAGAAAAAUUGGGUCAAAAAAGAUGGGGUUUGAGGAGAGGACACCCCUGAUGAUUGCUUCCAUGUAUGGAAGCACACAGGUGUUGAAGUACAUAAUUGAAACUGGCAAGGUUGAUCUGAACAGGGCUUGUGGUUCAGAUGGGGCAACUGCCCUUCACUGUGCUGCUGCCGGUGGCUCGGACUCGUCGGUUGAGGUUGUCAAGCUCUUGGUUGAUGCAUCUGCAGAUGUCAAUUCUGUUGAUGCUAAUGGAAACACACCAAGAGAUUUGAUUGCUCGUGGAUUCAAGUUGUCGAGAAGGAAGACAUUGGAGAUGAUGUUGUUGAAGGGUGCUAGUGAUGUUGAGGAAGAAGCUUUGUUAGCAUCUGUUUCAAUUGAUCAGAAUAGUAACCAAGAGGUUGCCCAAUUGCCGAAGAAAGAAUACCCUGUUGAUGUAUCGCUGCCCGAUAUAAAUAACGGGGUAUAUGGCACGGAUGAGUUCAGGAUGUACUCUUUUAAGGUCAAGCCUUGCUCGAGAGCCUACUCUCACGACUGGACAGAGUGCCCAUUUGUCCAUCCGGGGGAGAACGCUCGGAGACGCGAUCCAACCAAGUAUCACUACAGCUGUGUUCCGUGCCCUGAGUUCCGAAAGGGGAACUGUGCAAAGGCAGAUGCUUGUGAGUAUGCCCAUGGUGUGUUUGAGUCCUGGCUUCAUCCUGCACAAUACAGAACCAGGCUUUGCAAGGAUGAGACUGGGUGCUCACGGAAAGUUUGUUUCUUUGCCCACAAGCAUGAAGAAUUGCGCCCCUUGUAUGCUUCCACAGGGUCUGCUAUGCCUUCACCGAAAUCACUUUCUGCUAGUGCAGUGGAUAUGGCAACAUUGAGCCCGGUGGCUCACGGUUCAUCGUCUUUGUUGAUGCCUCCUACUACUUCAGCACCAUCCAUGUCUCCAUCUGCAGCUUGUUCAUCACCCAUGGGUGGGAACAUGUGGCAGAACAAAAUUAAUCUUACUCCGCCUAUGCUGCAGCUACCCGGUAGCCGGCUUAAGACUGCUUUGAGUGCUAGAGAUUUCGAACUUGAAAUGGAAUUGCUUGGAUUGGAAGGUCUCCGUAACCAACACCACCAGCAGCAGCAACAGCAACGACAAUUGAUUGAUGAAUUGACUGGUCUCUCUUCCCCAUACAGUAAGAUUGGGGAAUUGAAGCCAACUAACCUCGAUGAUGUUUUUGGAUCUCUCGAUCCUUCCUUAUUGUCUCAAUUGCAGGGCCUUUCGCCCAAAGUUACCACCACCACCACCCAAUUACAAUCUCCCACUGCGCAUCAGAUACGCCAGAACAUGAACCAACUUCGGGCAAGUUACCCGACUAACCUUUCAUCCUCUCCAGCAAGGAAGCCCUCUAUUUACGGGUUUGAUUCCUCUGGGGCAGUUGCAGCAGCGGUCAUGAAUUCGAGGUCAUCUGCUUUUGCAAAGCGGAGCCAAAGCUUCAUCGACCGAGGAGCUGUGAAUCACCGCCCUGGCAGCCUUGGGCUUACUGCGGCUGCUAAUUCUGCGAGUUUGAUGUCAUCCCAUCUUUCUGAUUGGAGUUCGCCUGAUGGGAAACUGGAUUGGGGCUUCCAUGGUGAAGAGCAAAACAAACUUAAGAAGUCCGCCUCUUUUGGGUUCCGAAGUGGUAAUGCAACAACAAAAUCAGCAAUGCGGCCAUCGGCCCUUGAUGAGCCAGAUGUGUCGUGGGUUAAUUCAUUGGUGAAAGAUGUUUCCUCGGUUGGGGCUGGGUUAUACAGUACUACUGAGCAGAAGCAUGGAGGGCUUAACGAAACACUUCCACCAUGGGUGGAGCAGUUGUACAUAGAGCAGGAGCAGAUGGUGGCAUAAGCAACUUCUCAGCCGUAGUUUUGCUCAAGGAAUAUCUUAACAAUAUUGAUUUUUUUUCAAUUCUUUUCAUAUUUUAUAUAUGUAGGUAGCAGUAGUGAGGGGAAGAAAAAAUUGAACACGAAAUGCAACCAAAUUAGUCCAAGAAUAGUUUGGUCAGGAGGAAGUGACUCUACUUGAUUUCAUUUAUGAAAAUUAGGAAGGUAACAUGGAAAGUAGUUCUGAAGUUGUAAUAUUUUCUCCGUAUAUGUUUAUUUUUAUAUAUUUGACUUUUUAUAUGAAGAAGGGUGUGCAUUUUCAUGCUGAAAGGCCAAAGUGUAAUCGGAAUUGUAAAUUGCACAAAUGGGCUAUGAAGAGUCUAUUCUUUUUAUUUGUUGUAUUCUAUAAUAACACUGCUUAUAUUUUCGAAUGUAAA